GAGACUUCCAAACUUGGGCGCCCGCAUCAUAAAAACGUGGGCCAACGAGCACCAUGUGCCUCCUCUGGUGCUACAACAAGAUCCGCAAGGACGGCUGCGUCGCCCUCUGCCAGGACAUCUGCCCGGACUGCGCCUGCAUUGGGGGCAUUGUGGUGAUCGCGACGGCGCCGCUGGGCUGCUUGAUCGGAUUGAUAGGCGGGCUGUUGUUCGGAUUGGUGAAGUGGCUCCCGGGCAGCUUUCACCGGUCCAAGGAGUUGUGUGAAGGGUACUGCGCGGUGAUCCAGAAGGGCGUCGAACAUUAUGAUGUUGAGGACGGUAGGACACAGCCAACCCAGAACCGGGGCACCAUCGCGUCCCAGGCCCAGGCCUGCGGCGACAAGUGCGGCGCGGAAUUUUAUUGUUGCAUGCUGCCGGCCUUCCUUGUGUUCCAGUUACUUUACCCGGUACUGACAUUGAUCGUGAUCAUAAUCGUCUGUCCCGUCAACGGCGCCUGCAAGGGCUGCAACGCGGGCUGCGGUCUGCUACCAGACUUCUGCGACCGCCUCAAGGCGGCCUUCCGCGACAUCGACGCGCACACGUCGGAAGCGGCCUACGGCGGCGGCGGCCACAAUUGGCUGGCGCCCGCGCCGCCGCCGUCGGCGCAGCCCGUGGGCCGCGCGGCCCAGUUCCAGGAGAUGCCGGCGCCGCAGCAGCAGUUCCGGCCCGCGGUGCCGCCGCGGCCGGCCAUUCCCGUCGCCUACGCGACCCAGCCCGUCGCCUACGCGCAGCCGCCGCAGCCGCCGCCGCGCUACCGCUAAGUACUAGUAGAUUCAA